AUGCACCUGUCUCGCCUGGUGCUGAGACAAGUGGCAGUAUGCCUGAUUUCUCUCUUUUUACUAUCUGCGCUUGACCAUGCUUCCGCCUUGCCAGGCAGCAAAAAAGGCGGCCUUCUGUCUUCCUCCAAAGGCAAGGCCGACGAUUCAUCGAAGAGCGGGGGCCAUUUACUUGGUGGAAUUUUCUCCAGCGACAAAAAGGGACAUGGUGACUCUGGCAAACACAAUGGCCCCCGAAUUGGCAGUUUUCUAUCCGAUGAUAGGAAGACAGAGAAGGAGAAGGAGAGGGGCAACGGUUCCACUUCAAACUCCAGGCCAGGUAGCCGUGGAGGGUCUCGUGGGUCUUCGGGUGGAAAGGGUCGCGACUCGUCUCAAGGUCCAUCCCGUGGCUCUUCGAACAAGCAUCCAAUCUCAGAUGGAGAGGGCAGCUCGAACACCCAUUCCACUGGCAAGCCCCAGAAAGCAGAUGUUGGUGAUAUUAAUCCCAAGGAUGAUGGCCCGACCCCCGACAAGAAGGCUGGACUUGGUAUUGAAUUUGAGGCUGGUCAGCUGAUAUUUUCAAACGAUGAUUGUGAGCGUCAGUCUACCUUCGAUCUGAAAGGCAUGGAGAUAGAAGGCCGGAAUCAUCGAACCCAGAAAUCUGCUGGAGGGCGUGGGACGAGCCUCAAGAGUAAAGGUGCUCGCACUAGACGUGGCACGCCUCCUCACAGCUGGUCAGGAAGCUCCCAGGGAAGUCGAAACAGCAGUCCUGGAAGAGGUCGCACCGGAAGUUCAAGCGGGAAAGGAUCAAGUGGUCUUCAUGACUCCCAUCCGGGAAACGAUUGGAGUUUAACAGUCGACACUACCAACAACAUGAAGGGUAAAUUAACUGGUGAGUACAUUCUCAAUGGUAAGACCAUCAAGCUAGGCACCGGACGCGCGGGCAAAGCUGCGAAGGAGGUCCACAAUGACUUUGUGAGUCACUACAUCCCUAUUCCACAGGCCAUAUUCAUUAAUUUUACAUUCAAUCAACAGAUGGGCUGGAAGUAUUCCCCGAAUGAAAAAGUGACCAUACCCACUGCUAAAGACAAGAAAUGCCGCGAAUGGAGCGUUGACGGUCCCAAAUCUGAUUUAACGAAAGGAAUGCUCAUGUGGCAAUACCAGGUCACGGCACCACUGUCAUUGGGAGCUGUGAAUGAAGUAAUCUCUAUAGCGAAAAACGGGGGCAAAAACCCACUCUUGCGCGACGGAGAUUUUGCCUCAAAGAAAGCGCUUGUUUGGGUGAAUGAGGACUUCUUUCAGGCUAUUCCAGAGGGUAAUAAGCCAAAGGAUGUCAGUGCGGAUGCAAUGGGGUUUCUAUCUCUGAUUGUCUCCUAUGUGAAGGGUGCGCAAAACCGGUUGGAACAGGACCAGAGCCCUAAAACUCAGAUCGCCAUCAUGCCCCGCUCAAACUUCGUGACAUUGUACCAAGACGCCAAGGACGGAUUCAAGGGUGACCUCUACAAGCUGGUUACGCUCCUUACAUGCUAUCAGAAUGGUGAAGGCAAGGAAGUCCUAUUUGAUAACAGAUUCUGUGACGGUGAUAUGAAGAACCCAAAACCGAGAAAGGACAUUGAUGAGAUGGCGUAUAUGAAGCUCAAAGGCGUCAAUCCCAAGACUAAGAAGCGGGAGGAUAGGGAAGUGAAGUUGAGAGAAUGGAUGGAUGGAUUGUCCAAAGGCGAGGAUCUGCUGUCCUAUGCUGACGAAGUCAUUGACGGACAAAUCGGAGGACUGAAGUCAGCUCGUGAGGAACUUCUCAACUCCAAACGCCUAGUUCCUCUCUUUGAGUUUCGGGACAUUGGUGCUGUCUCGAGCAAUCGUUUUCAAAAGGUUGUUGAUGAUAUCGAGGACAGCCUUGUGACACUCCAUAAGAAGUACAGCAAGUGA